AUGUGGCCACUCGAAGAGGGCUCCUGGUAUCCUUCCCUGGCGUUGGACGCCAACUCAAAGCAGGCCUCUGGUACACUACCCACCCCAGAAAACCAGGGUGACAAGUCCGGCCCCUCAGCCUUCGGCAACUUCAAACAUAACUUCGUCUUUCCCGACCUUCGAAGUCCGUCCAAUCAACUCUCUGCUCCCGUCUCAACCGCAUCCUCUUCCUCCUCGGCCUCCUCCUCCGCGGUAAAUUAUCUGAACACAUCCCAACACCAGCAGCAGCAGCAUAAUGUCGCCUCCGCCUUCAAUCCGCCUGGUUUCCAGAACUUCACCAAUAACCCCUCCGACGCCGCAUCCUAUCGGGUGUCUGCUCUGUUCGCUCGAGAGAACGGUGCGCAUCUUCGACCCUCCCCGACAACCACGCCAGUCAGGGAGAAUGUCGCCUACAUCGGCGGCAGCGCCUACUAUCCCGACUUCCAGCAGUCAUCUGCAACGAUUGGGGAGACCAGUGUC